CCAACAAGCGGUCCAAACAAACCCCACAUCGAUCAGUCAGUCAGCAAUUGAAGCCGACAGCAGUAGAGUGAGCUAGGGGAGUAGCCAAAUUUAAUUAAUCCACCUUCCGUCCUCCUACAUAUCUUCUCGCUAGCUAGCUACCUCCAUCAUAUCUUUCUCUAUACCAGUCAGAAAACUCAGAAGCCAGAAUCCAGUACUAGUGUCUCCACAAGACCGGCCGCAAGGAUCAGCCGAUCGACCAGUCAUUAGUAUUACUAGCUUCUGCUGCUGCUACUACUACUGAUCCACUAUGGAAGGGAAGAAGAAGCCUGCUGCUGCCGGCGCCGGGUCGAAGACGAACGGGAGCUCCAUCGUGGACGACCUCUUCGGGCCCAAGCCUGAUGCCUCCAACUCCUCUUCCUCCUCCGCCAGCUACUUCAGCACCGUUUUCCCAACUCCAUCCGAGGCGGCGGGGAAAGAUGCGUCACGUCGGGCUCAAUAUGCAUCCGGGAACAAAUCAUCGUCGUCGUGGACUGGGCAGCAGCAGCAGCAGUACGGUUCAGGGUCACCUGAGUCUCCUUACUUCGGCUCCUCCUCCGUCCACUACGGCGGCCGGGACUUGUACACCCCCGGCAACGUUAACGGCGAUCAGAGCAAGACUCAUCACGGAGGACCCAUUCGUAAGCAUAAUAAGGUCGACGACGGCGACACCUCUGGAGCAGCCACCCGGGGUGACUGGUGGCAAGGUUCCCUCUACUACUAGCAAGUGCAUGCACAAGCAGCAGCCUAGCCAGUCCUGGGCGUUAGCCUUCCUUGGAACAUAAUCUGUAACAUGCAUUAUGCAUGCCAGCUUCAUCAAUUAGUCGAUCGAUCAAUUAUUAUGUAAGAACUUAUGUUAGUCUCUUUGAUGCAUCUGUGUGUAUUAUAUAAUAUAUAUACUAGUAAGGUGUGUCCGUGCGUUGCAAUGGAAUAAAUGGAUCGUAUCGAGA